CGCGACAUCAUUCAUUCCUGCCCUCUCCUGCUGCAUCUCAUCUCUGUCGACGUGGAUUUAUACGUGUUGUGUGCUCUGAGGACGCUCUAGUUGCUACACAAGCAGGCUGUCGCAGGAGUCAUUAUGGCGUUCCCAAGCAGUUCUUCGAUUUUAAGUGCGACCCCUGCUGCCCAGCCAGGUACAUCACUUUUUGGUCAAAUUACGACCAAUCCCCAACAAGGCUCUCCCUUUGGUGGAGCGUCGCAAUCGGCGACCUCGACUUUUGGUUCGCAGCCACAGGCUCAAGGUCAAGCACCAGCCCAAGGCUCUUCUCUUUUCGGGAGCACCCUCGGACAGAACGCUGGGCAACAGCAGAACCAGCCACAGAGCGGGCAGACUUCGCUGUUUGGUGGAUUUGGACAACGCCAGCAGCAACCACAGGCGCAGUCUACGAGCUUGUUUGGCCAGCCAGCUGCGAAUCCGCAACAACAGACACAAUCUACUGGGUUGUUUGGCCAGUCUGCAGUGAAUCCGCAACAACAGACACAACCUACUGGGCUGUUUGGCCAGCCCGCGGCCAACACGCAGCAGGGUGGCGCGCUAGGGCCAAGUCUCUUCGGCAGCGCUCAGCCUCAACAGAGCACGCAGGGCGGCGGUCUCGGGACCAGCCUUUUUGGCACUACUCAGACACAACAGAGCGCUCAGGCAGGUGGCCCCUUUGGGUUUGGUGCUAGCACUGGCUCGACGUUGGGCCAAACAAGUGGGUUUGGAGGUUGGGGUGCUGGACCGUCACAGCCGCAGACUACGGGGAUGUUUGGACAGAAUUUAGGCACUUCUGCUGCCCCUGCAAUCUCAUUAUUCAACAGGCCUCUUGCUCAACAACAGCCGUACCCUUCAGUGUCUGGUUCUGCACCCCCAGCUUUCACCAGGUUGACCAAGUUUAAUGAUCUGCCUGACGAUAUCAAAAGGACGUUAGAGACUAUUGAUGCGUCCAUCCAGGGACGUAUACAAAUUAGCAACGAUCUUAAGCAGCGAAAGCUGGGCGAGGAAGCGGUAAAGGGGCAGGAAGAAGUCCGUAAUGUGCACAAGGAUCUCGUGGGCGCGAUUGCAACGCUCCACUCAGAUGUAUUACAUACGAAGGAUCUCAAAGCAAAGGUAGACCAGACGGUCCAGGACACUAUCAUUGCAACUCGCAUUGUAGACGGAUUUCGGAAUCUACAUCAGCACGGUGCUUACCUUAAGGCCUAUACCAACUUCCCACUAGAAUUCUUCACCCGCGUUACUGAACAAAUGAGAGAGCGCCUGAGGUGGUACAAAACCACCAUUGAGCACAUUGAACGAAAGCUAUCGUCUGCCGCGGCACAAUCGCAGUAUACACCUCAAGCUAUCUCGUCAACCUUGGAGGCGCAGCAUGCAACGUUUAUCGCUCUUGCCAGCAAAACGGCAGCCCUUGAUGCGGAGUUGCAGAAGAUCAAGGCGUUGUAUACGCAACUCUGGCGAGCCAAGACCAAUAGCAUGCGCGAUCCGUUCAACGAGUUGGACAGAAGCACUGUGGGAGAAUUCGGCUUGGAAGGAUUGAGUACAAGGUAGUCGAGCGGACGCCGGUGAAGCUGUGCGUCCUGAGAAUAACGCAUAUUUUAUACCAUUCACAUUGUCGUCGAGCAACAGAUCGAGUUGCAUGUACUUGGCACCACUCAUUAACGGUGACGUCGGCUUCCCGAUCGAUAGGAGUUCGGAAUUGGGCGAUCAACGCGAA